AUGUUAAGCAAUCCAAAGCUCUACCCCUCAAAGUACAGUGUACUGCCCAGCAUUGUCAAGAAGGUGGUGGACAGCAGCUUUCAGACAAACCAGAAAGAGCAGUUGAAGGGCAGCACACCCUUAAGGCCCUCAGAGGACAAUGUGAAGACUGUCUUUAGCAAGUCAAUGAAGAAGAUGGGCUGUAAGAGCCUAACACUGCCCAUGUCACCCGCAGAGGCUCUGAAGGACUUCCAGGACCACCUGACGAACUUUGAGCAGAAAGAGAUCCUGAACUUCCCAGAGAUCUGGUUCCUGGGCCCGCGUGCUGAGAAGAUAAAGGGAUCCCAUGAGAUAUUUGAGAACUCUGAGGACAACAACUCCAACUAUGAUGUGAAUGGCGUGUACACCAUGGUCCUGCAUGAUCAUAUUGCCUACCGCUAUGAGGUGCUGGAGAAGCUUGGGCAGGGAUCCUUUGGCCUCGUCCUCAAAUGUCUUGAUCACAAGACCAAGGAGCUGGUAGCCGUGAAGGUCAUUCACAACAUUAAGAGUGCCAAACACAUGGCUCUGAAGGAACUGGAGAUCCUGGAUGUGAUCCGGAGGGAAGACCAAGAGAACCAAUAUAAUGUCAUUCAUAUGAAGGAGCACAUGUAUUUCCGAAACCACAUCUGCAUUGUCUUUGAGCUCCAGGGAAUGGACCUGUUCAAGCUCAUCAAGAAGAACAACUUCCAUGGUUUCAGCUUGUCCCAGACCCACCACUAUGCUACUUCCCUGGUCACCACUCUACAGAUGCUGCACAGGCAUAAGAUCAUUCACUGCGACCUCAAGCCGGAGAAUAUCCUCCUGCCCAAGAAAGGACACAGGAACAUCAAGGUAGCUGACUUUGGAUGCAGCUUCUAUGAGUACCAGAAAGGGUACUCUUAUGUCCAGACACGGUUCUAUCGCGCCCCAGAAGUGAUUCUGGGUCUUCCCUUCGGCACAGCUGUUGACAUGUGGAGUCUGGGCUGCAUCCUGGCUGAGCUCUACACCGGUAUCCCCCUCUUCUCUGGAACCAGUGAGGCAGACCAGCUGGCUUGCUUCAUGGAGGUCCUGGGAAUGCCCCCGGAAGAGAUUGUCCAGGCAGCACCGAGAAAGAAGAUUUUUUUUGAUACUGAGGACCAGCCUAGAAAUAACACAAGGAGGCAGUCCAACUCCAGGGACCUGGCCAGCGUGCUGAGGAGCGGGGAUAUGCUGUUUCUGGACUUUGUAAGGCGCUGUCUCAUGUGGGACCCUGCAGUGCGCAUGACUGCAGAUGAGGCCAUGCAGCAUGAAUGGAUUCAGAAACCACUAGGAACGCUGUGA